ACACAGAAAUUGAUAGCCAUGCCAGAGCUGCAUUCAUUUCUCUACUCAUUGUUACUUGCAGCAUUUCUGCUAACUACUUGCCAUGCCCAGCAGAGGAAAGUUCACAUUGUGUACAUGGGAGAGCUUCCUAAGGGAGAUUUCUCUGUUGCAUCCACCCACCAUUCCAUGCUUAAAACUGUUCUUGGGAGUAAAUCAUCAGUCAAGGACUCAUUAAUCUAUAGUUACGGGAGGAGCUUCAAUGGAUUUGCAGCAAACUUAACAGAUGAAGAAGUUGAGAGUUUCUCGGACAUGGAAGGUGUAGUCUCUGUGAUUCCAAACCACAUACUAAAACUUCACACCACAAGGUCAUGGGACUUCAUGGGUAUUAGUAAAGACACUGUUGGUCCACCCAAAGAAGGAAACGUCAUUGUUGGGCUUCUAGAUACAGGAAUCUGGCCAGAAUCUGAAAGCUUUAACGAUGAUGGUUUUACUGCUCCGCCAGCCAAGUGGAAAGGAAAAUGCACAGGUGCCAACUUCACCUGCAACAAGUGCAUCAUGGAUGCUAAGAAGCAUGAUGACCGCGAAUUCGCUUAUGGGUCUGGCCAUAUUAACCCAGAGGGCGCACUAGACCCUGGGCUUGUCUAUGAUGCAUCUGAAGGUGACUAUAUAAACUUCCUAUGCAAGCAAGGUUACAACACAACCACUCUGAGAAAAAUAACUUGGGACAACAGCAGUGUCUGUACCAGCACGGAACCUGGAAGAGCUUGGGAUCUUAACUACCCUUCCUUCUCGGUAGCAGUAGAAGAUGGACAGCAGAUCCUAGCUAUUUUUAACAGGACAGUCACGAAUGUUGGCUCGGAAAAUUCCAUCUACACUGCUAGCAUGUACAUACCCACCUCAAUUGGCGUAACCGUGGAGCCUUCUGUUCUGUCAUUCUCCAAGGUUGGAGAGCAAAAGUCAUUUCUGGUGAUGGUCUAUGGCCCCCCGAUCACGCAGCAGCCAAUAAUUUCUGGGGCAAUCAUGUGGAAAGAUGGGAUUCAUGUAGUCAGAAGCCCACUUGUGAUCUACACAAUUCUCCCAGGCUCUACCUACUCUUCUUCCUACUCUCUUCCGCAUAAAACUCCCAAUUUUGAAGGUCUUUCAAUGUACCACAAGAAUGGGAUUCUUACUGGCAAGUAAUAAAUCUCCUUGGACAUCAGAUUGAACUUAGCGAUAUCAACUAAGCUUUUUAAGAAUAUUACUUUACAGCUUCUUUCAAUUAUGGGUAUUAGAAAUCCUACCAACGACACCCCCUUGUCUUUUCUCUCCUUUACAUGUUAGCUGCAUCCAAUUCCAGCCAAAGUCUCUAGUAAAAACAGAGAGAACAAUAAUAGAGAUUUUUUCAGAUUUAUUUUUUUGCUUCCAUUUGAAAAUCUAUACACUGGUUUUGCCGCA